AACGUCCAGACGGCGCAGAUGCUUAGAAAUUGGGAAGAAAGAUCCAAAUAAUUAUCCAGAUGGAGAGUUUGCAGUGGGUGACGUAAGAGCUCCUUUGUCUUUUCCAUGUCUCAAAAGUACCACAUUGUUGCUUUGCCUCAGCCAGGACAGUGUUGUUCUUUGUAAGCACAUUGUUUAGUCCCUGACCGCGAUGCAUAUAUACAUCUGAAUCAAUCAGGUUGCAGACGCUUUGCCAUUUGCACACACAUCUGCAGAAAGAUCACUCUCAUAUCAUUUUGGAAACUCAUCGUCUAUCUCAUAGACCACCAGACAUGGGCAACACGUCAUCACAAGAAUCUAGGACCACACGACUCAGAAAUCGCGUUCCUAAUGGCAGGACAGCCUUUCGCGGGCUACAUGUCCCUCUUCGACUAGAUAGGCACCAGAAUUACCCCGUGCUGAGGGCAUCUCGACGACGACACCAACAGCGGCGGCUGGAUGAUGAGGAACACACGGGAGCACUGAUGAGAACAGAGCGCCGCAGAUCGAGAUCACUACCUUCAACAUCACCACGGAGUCUGGAAACUCCGCCAGACCUAACUCGUCAUUUUCGGCAGCGGAGGUUGGAGCUUGAUGAGCAGGAGAUUGAGAGGUGGAGCAGCAGUUUCGCUGGAACGAGGAGAAGUUCUCGGAAUGGGACUACUAUCGGUAACCCCAAUCCUGUUCCCCUUUCGGAUCGAUCAAAUUCAGCUGCUAGGGCGGAUCUGCAACCACCGAGGUGUCCAGACUGUAGAGUACCGUAUACAGGUCCGGGCAGUGGUGAAACGGGCCCUGUCACUCGUGUCUGCGCAACAUGCCAGAGGUUUGUCUCAAGGCCUGCGGCAGCCCUCGUGAGUCCUCAUGCAUCAAUUCGAACCCCACGCAGAGAGCUGGCACCCUCAAGUCACACAGAGAUGAGAAGUGGACGAGACCAGGAAAGUCGGCUGCUGAGAGGUACUUCAGCGCAAGUUCCAUCCCGAACAGCUAAUACUCGCCAUAAUACGCCUUCUCGUAGACAACAGUUAGAAGUUGUUCCUAGCCUGCAACACUUGCCAGUUCCAGCGCCCGUUUUCCGCCCUUCAGACGCAUCAUUACAUGACACUGACGACUCAACUCCACCUCGGAGAAGCUUCCCGCGAUCCCGUCCCACCCACAAUCUAAUGGGUUACCUCCAGCUAAGGACCAACGACCUUUGCAGUAGGACUAGGGACGUUCAUACCGCGGUGAAAGGCUUUGAGAGCAGCGCUGUGGAUAUUCUACACGAUUAUGAUUUUCUCCGGGAUUCACCAGCCGGGGAAGAGCCCAUCUCCUUGAGAUCAUCUCACCCAGUUGGCAUAUAUCAAGCUCCGUUGACCGAUGAUAGUCCUCCCGACAAUCCCCUCGCCGCCGCCCAGAACACUUUGUUGAAAGACCUCUAUGCGAGUGAGGGUGGCGAGCUACUGAAUAAUAAUAAUGACGCGGAAAAUAGCUCUGAGUCGGAUUCAAGCUACAACUCUCGUUCUGAUUUUGGGUUCCCUAUCAUUCAGUCGGUUGAGAAGAUUGCUCGUGGAGCUAUUCGAGCUGCUCAAGCUCUUGAGUUUGAGGUCGGAGAACAAGUCAAUCAGGAUGAAGCCAGGUCGACCGGAGAGCCACGAGUUGAUCUUCCUCCUCCUCUAAGAUUCGGUCAAUCAGGCCAAGUUCUAGUCACCGAAAACGUUCGUCGAGAGGUCCCAUUGGAAGAGGACGAAAGCAUGGUAUCAGAGAGCGAGGUGAGUCCAGACUAUCGAAUGAGUGCACUUGCGCGCCACUACUGCUCGGGAUACUUCAGUGCGUCUUCGGGUUUUUGCUUUGACGUUGACGUCUCUUUGCGUUAGGCAUCACCGCCUAUAGUGUCUCAAUAGCGCCUUGAGUCGACCAUAAGUAGUUCACGGCCUCCUUAGUCCACAUCAAUACAAUCCUUAGCUCUCUUCCAAAUCCCGCAAAAUACAGCAGCAUGUCCCAAAUGUCGAAUUACGUCUCCAAUGACUCAAGCGAGAUUCCAGGGCUAAACGCUUCGCUGACAUCUCUCGCAGAAUACAAGCACAAGAGCAGCACGACCACCCCAACAUACUCUGAGACGGCGAAUCGGCUGUGUAAAUUCAGGCCAUCCGGUAAUAGUCUACCGCACCUUCGAUCUUGGGCCGCAACCCAUGCGGGCUACGCGAUCAUGUGGUCGGGAACCGUGCGGAAGAUGGGGAUGGGAUGGUUAUCAUCACUUUCAUUCUUCCUGAACUCUAUCCCAAAACGUGGAAGACCUGGGGAAGUAGCUAGACACAUACCUCAACAAUGCAGCUAAGUAGAUUCACUAUGAACAAUACUCACC